AUGGUUGGUGGAACGAACAACAAUAACACUCGUAACCAGGGAAACCAAGGGAACCAUGGAAAUGAUGCCGCUCCACCACCUCCACCGCCCAAGAGGACACUCAAAGAUCUGACAUCCCCAUCGUUUGAUCAACAAAAGUUGUGUGUCAACUUGGAAGAUUCAAUUGAGCUCAAAUCUCAGUUGAUUCAUUGGUUACCGAAGUUCAAAGGGCUUCCAGGAGACGAUCCAAAUCGUCAUUUACUACUGUUUCAUCACAGGUUGACAAGUUUGAAGCCAACUGGAACUGAUCAAGGAAGAGCUUUACUGAUAGCUUUCCCAUUUUCUUUGAUUGAUUCUGCAGAAAAAUGGUUUUAUGGUCUUCCACCUGGAACAACUAUUCGUAAAGCAAUUAGUGGGAUUGAACAAAUUACUGGUGAGACUCUUUACGAUUAUUGGGAACAGUACAAGAAGUCGCUAGCGAGCUGCCAACAUCAUCAAAUCUCUGAGCAACUCAUAGUGCAGUAUUUUUACGAUGGUUUGCUCCAAUCCGAGAGAAAUAUUAUUGAUGCAUCUAGUGGUGGUGCUUUGACAAACAAAACCAUUGAUGAAGCGACAGAAUUGAUCGAUAAUAUGGCUGCAAACACGCAGCAAUUCAACACAAGAGGUAUGUCAAUGAGUCGAAAGGUUAAUGAGGUUACUUCUUCACCGCACUUAGAACAUAUGAUUGGUAAUAUGGAGAAGAUGAUACAACAAAUGGCCUCAGUAAUCAUUCCUUCUUAUGAGGAAGAAGCUGAACAAGUCAAUGCAAUAUUCCCGAAUCAGCAGAGACAACGGUAUGAUCCCUAUUCCAACACUUACAAUCCAGGAUGGAAAGAUCAUCCCAACUUCAGUUAUGCAAACAAGCAAGCAGCAGCUCCAAGGCCUGUUUUUAAUCGCCCUAGUGGUUUCCAACAACAACCACAACCAGCGCAGAACUCGGAAUCAUCAGAGAUGCUUGCUAUGAUGAAGAAUCUAACCACAAUGGUGCAAAAGAAUCAACAAACGACUGAUGGUGCAAUCAAGGAGUUGCAGACACAAAUGAGCACUAUGGCAGGUAGAUUGGAGGCGCAAAAUAGUGGGAAACUCCCUUCUCAACCUCUUAACCCAAGAGAUUCUGUCAGCGCCGUGACAUUGAGAAGUGGUACACGAACUUUGCAACCAGAGGAUACUGAGAAAAACAAAGACCCUAAGGGGCCGGUAUUGGAGAAAGAGAUUACUGACUCUUCCCAAACCGAUGAGGUACCUAAAGAAAACUCUAAAACUCAUGUUUCUACUUAUGUUCCCCCUUUUCCUUUUCCUCGCAGGUUUGCUAACUCUAAAAAUGAGGAACAAGAUAAUGAGAUCUUAAAUAUUUUCAAGAAGAUUCAUGUGAACAUUCCACUAAUAGAUGCUAUUAAACAAGUCCCCAAGUACGCGAGAAUUCUGAAAGACUUGUGUACCAAUAAACAGAGGUUAACCGGUAAUGAGGUAAUGAAAGUGGGGGAAAAUGCUUCGGUUAUCUUGCAAAAGAAACUCCCACUUAAAUGUAAAGACCCUGGUAGUUUUGAUAUUCCUAUUGUUAUUGGUAACACCAAGUUUAAUAAGGCUAUGCUUAAUUUAGGAGCAUCAGUAAAUGUUAUGCCUGCAUCUAUAUAUGAAUCUCUUAAGUUAGGUCCCUUGCAAGAAACUGGAAUUACUUUACAGUUGGCUGACCGUUCUAAUGUAUACCCUAGAGGUAUUAUUGAGGAUGUGCUUGUGCAGGUGAACCAGCUAAUUUUUCCAGCGGAUUUCUGUGUGUUGGAGAUGACAGACGGAUCAAAUGAUACAUCUCUACCUUUGCUUCUUGGUCGACCAUUUAUGAGCACGGCUAGAACUAAAAUUGAUGUGCAUGAUGGUUCGUUGACUAUGUAA